AUGUAUGCGUCAAAUCAAGAUGUUCACAAUGAAGAUUGGGUUUUAGUUACUGAUACUUCAUUGAUGAGCCAAGCUGCUAUAAAUCUUACAAAUUCCUCUGUAGAAUCGUCGAUAAUAUCUUCAACCCCGUUGUUGCCAGCGAUCAGUUCAUCUUCUGAUAUUCCCACACCAACCUCAUUAUCUUCAAAAGCGUCUCGAAGUUUAUCAUUAGCAUCAAUCUCAUCGACGGAAUUUGAUCAUAAUGCCAUCGAUGAUGAACAGUUAAAUACUUCGGAUAAUAACGAAUCAACUGCAAUCGAUAGUGAUUUGACGCUACUCGAUACACAUGAUGAGUCGAAUACAGACGAAACUGAAACUUCUCUUGCUGAAAUAACACCAAUACAUGAUAAAAACAAUAGCAACAGCGUGAUUAGUAAUUCAACUAAUAUAAGUGAUAUUGGUUUGAGUGAUGCUCCAUCUUCAUUAACCCCAGACAAUGAUAACCAGUCAUCUUGCAUGUCACUGGAUAUUAGCAACGCUUAUUCUCAUCAGUCAUCGCCGCUAUUUGUACAUUCAACAGAUUUAUUAUCACAGAAUAAUGACGAUGUAAAUAAUGAAAAUAUAAAUUUAAAUACUGUAAAUGAAUGUCAUCAAGAUGAUCAAAAUAAUAUUAAUAUCAUUUCGAUAAAUCCUAUCAAUAACACUAAUAAAGAACAAGAAAAUACCGAUUCUACACUCAAAUCCUCAAUUUUAUCUUCAUCACUACAACUAAAUAAUUUAUCAUCAGUUAGUGACGUCCAGUUACUUAUUGACCUUCUGUCUCAACAUUCAUCAAAUCUUUCGAACGAUAGUGCUACAUUUAUACGUGAAGAUGAAGACAGUGGUUCAUUAGCAUCAAUUGCAUUGUCAAGCGAAUUGCGUCGUCGAACGGGACCCCAUGUUCGGCAGACAAGUGUACGUUUUGAUGAUGAUCUUGAUUGCGAAGAAAAGUUGCUCAUUGAUAAACAAACAACUGAAAGCGAUACAGAUUCUUCCGUUACACUUGACAAACAGACUAUAGUAGAUGAACAUGAUGUACAGUUAACAGAUGUGAACGCAACAAAAACGGCAUCUCUAGCAUCUGAUGCUGAAGUUGAGGCUUCUUUAAAUUAUUAUCGUGAAAUAAGUAAUACUUCGCAUUACAAUUCAACAAGACAUGAGUCCUCACGACAUAUGAAUAUCUCACUUGAUCUGCUUGUCCUUUUUGCUCUUGUGUUAGUAUUUUUCUUGGGUAUUGGCUAUUUAAAUGGUUCAUAUCGUACUUCUCAUAUUACAAAAAAACUUGCUGAUGCUGAAGAAAAAAUUAACGUCUUUGAAACAAAUGAAAAACUGCGAAUGUCUGAAGUCAGUCAGAAAGUAUCAAAGAUGUAUAAUGAAAAAGUCAAUAAUAUGAUCAUACGUGAUUUACGUGAUCAAUUAGAGAAACAUGAUAAUGAAAAAACAAAACUAUUAAAUCAUAUUGAACAUUUAAGAUUUAUGCUUAAUUUAACUCAAAUGAAUCUGACUAAAUCAAUUGAUAUGUUACGAGAAGAUCAUGAUCAAUUAAUCAAUGACAUGAAACUGUUACAAGAACGAAUGAAUAGGACAGAAAAACAGUAUGAACAGUGUAUGGUGAAGAAAAAUAGUUCUUCAUCGUCCAAAUGUGUUGGAGUUGACUGUAAUAUCAAGGAUGAUUUAAAUAAAUCAAUAUUUGAACAAAUUCUACAAAAAACGUCAACUAUAAUUGACUUGAACAAUGAUACGAUACUAUCAAAUGUUGUUUCAUCUUUAAAUUCAUUUGUCGAUAAACGUCAACAAUAUGUCGAUGAUUUUAAAUUAAAAGUGCAACAAUUUAAUUCCGACCAUGGUGAAAAUAUUCGCACAACAUUAACAAAUAUUAAAGAAGAUUUAACAUCCUCCAUUCAGCAAGUCCAUACAAGUUGCUCAGAUUGGUUAUUUUCACGAGCACAUCAACGUGAACAAUCACGUACUGAAUCAGAUGAACUCCAAGACCAACAACAACGUAAAUCAUGGCGUUGGACAUUUCAACGAGGUACACUACGUGAACAAGAACGAUUAUCAUCAUGGAAAAAUACAUCACCACCUUCGUCACAACGAUCAACAGAAAAACAAGAGCAAGAACGAUCAUCGUUUAAUCGUGGUUCACGUACAAUGCAUCGAUCAAAUAAUAAGUUUCGUUAUCCAUCAACAAAUCUUUGCUGGAUGAAAAAAUGGAUGACAAUAAUUAUUGAUGAUGGUGAUACGUUUGAACAUGAUGAUCGAUAUAAAAUUCUUAUUUUAUCACCAGAAGUUCAACAAGCCAUUGAUCAAAAGGUAGGACGAUGUAUUCAAAUCUUGAUACAAGAUCUGGAGAAUGCUUACCGAUCAAAUAUGGUUGGUGCUGAACAAUUUUUAUUAGAUACACACUGCUUGAAAACUGUUUUAUUAGAUUUUCCCAGUAUUAAUCUAACUAUUUCUUGUCAAACGUCUCAAAAUUUUUUACAAAAACUGUUCUUAAAAGUAUUGACAAAAUCUGAAAUAAUAUUGAAAGUUGUUCUAACAACACAUGAUUUACCAAAAGUAUUUGUUGAAAAUUACUUACAUUUUAUGAAUGAUACGGAUGUAGGACCAUUUCAAAAAGUACUGAAAAUGAAAGUUACUGAUCGAAAUUAUUGUUAUUUAGUUUUAGUGCUUUGUUUUUUAAAAAUCUUUUGUUUCGAUAUUAUGAAUGAAGAAUCAUUUAAAUUAGCUGAACGUCUUGUACCAUGUUCAUACAUUCAACUUGCACGUCAAGCACGUCGUACACGUGAACAACAAAUUCGACAAAUCAUUGAACAUCGUAAAUUACCUGAAAUAGGUUUAGAUGAUUCACUAAUUGAACAAUGGCUAAAUGAAUUAAGUCAAAUGGAUUCGAAUAAUUUUUUAGGAAAUAUUGGUGUUGGUGAGAGAGAAGGACGAGUUUAUUCAUCAUUAGUGGCCAAAAGACAUUAUUCAUUUUCACAUGGUAUCGGACGAUCGGGUGAUAUUAAUUCUGUUCAACCAAAAGCAGCUGGAUCAUCAUUACUUAAUCAAUUAACAAAUGAACUCGUUUUGGAUACAGUGAAAUAUCUUGGAUUAAGAACAAUUAAAUCAGCAUUAGUUAUCCCAAUGGCUACUGGUAUGACAUUAACAUUAUGUUUGUUAACAUUAAAGAAAAUACGUCCUCAAUGUCGAUAUGUGCUAUGGUCACGAAUUGAUCAAAAAAGUUGUUUGAAGGCAAUAUUAGCAACUGAUUUGAUUCCUGUCAUUAUUGAACAAAUACAGACCGAUGAUAAUGAAGAACUUCAUACAGAUGUAAAUAAAUUUGAGCAAUAUUUAAAAAAUUGUACAAAUCUUAAUGAAAUAUGUUGUAUUUAUUCUACCACAAGUUGUUUUGCCCCACGUGCCAUAGACAAUGUUGUAGAAUUAAGUUUAUUAUGUGAAAAAUAUUCAAUACCACAUUUAAUAAAUAAUGCAUACGGUUUACAAUCGACAAAAAUAAUUCAUGAAUUGGAACAAUCAAAACGAAAAGGUGGACGAAUUGAUUAUAUAGUACAAAGUACGGAUAAAAAUUUUUUGGUACCAGUAGGAGGAUCCAUCGUAUUGGGAUAUGAUCAAGAAUCACUUGAUCGUUUAUCAAAGAUCUAUCCUGGACGUGCAUCAAUAACACCAACCAUUGAUUUAUUUAUAACAUUAUUAUCGAUGGGUAGACGGGGUCUUACAGAUUUAAUUCAAAAACGAAAAUUACUUCAUAAACAAUUUUUAGAUAAAUUAAUUCGAUGGACUUCAGAGAAUACGGAACAUAUUCUGAAAACAAAGCAAAAUCCAAUCUCAAUUGCUGUCACAUUAACUCAGUUACCAUCUGAACAUAUUACACAAUUAGGUUCAAUGUUGUUUAGUAGACGAAUAUCAGGUGCUAGAGUUAUACAAAUUGGAAAGAAACAAACAAUAGACAAUUAUGAAUUUGAAAAUUAUGGUUCACAUUCAUCAACAUCAAAAUAUUCUUAUUUAACUGUGGCUGCUUCGAUUGGUAUUCAAGAAGAACAUAUUGAUUUAUUUAUUAAAAAAUUUGAUAUUUUAUAUAAAAAAGUUCUAUUGAUGUCAACAAAUCAAACAUUAAAUGAUCUUAAUAUAGUCGAUAACAGUGAUAAUGAUGUGAUGAGUAAAAGAGCAGUUGAAAAUAAUAUAGUAAACAGUGAGGAUGAUGAUGAUGAGAACAACAAUAGCAAUUCAUUUUUCAAUAACAGUUCUGUUUCUACUUAA